UCUAGUGAUUGAGUUCAGAUUAUUUGUGUUCUUAAAAAAGAAAAAAAUGAAUAUUUCUGUGGCCCUGUUUUUUAUGGAUGAUGAGGAGGAGGUACAAAAUGUGCCACGGAGGCAUUUAAGAGAUGCUUCGAAUUUAUUUGAAGUACCUAACAACCAGUUUGUGGCCAAUUUUCGUGUGUCGAAGGAAGUUUUUCGGGCUCUUUUGGAUAUGAUGGAAGAGAAGUGGGUGGCCGGUUGCAGAACUACCCAAAUCCGCCCCGAUUUAAAACUUGGCACAUUCUUGCGGUUUUUGGCAACAGGAAGCUACCAACAGAAUCUAGGGAACGAAGCCUUGACUUCAACAGCGAAGUCGACAGUGAGCAGAACCAUUGCGGAAUGUCUGCAGAUUUUUGAGGACCACAUUUGCGGCCAAUGGAUAAAAAAGCCGACACUUACAGAGGAACGCAACACAAUGGAGGCUUUCUAUGAAAGAACAAUGUUCCCUGGAAUUGUUGGAUGCGUUGAUGGCACGCAUAUCCGCAUCAAGUCACCAGGGGACGAAUUGAAAGCCCUUUACUAUAAUAGAAAGGGUUAUUAUAGUAUAAAUGCAAUGGUGAUAUGUGACCAUAAAAUGCGUAUAACAUUUGUCGACGCUAGACAUCCCGGAAGCAACCAUGAUGCAUUUGUAUGGGAAAGGAGUGAUCCAGACAAGUGUAUGCAAAGGGAGUUUGACAAUGGAAAACGAAACUUUUGGAUUCUCGGGGAUGGAGGAUACAAAUUGAAGCCCUUUCUUAUGACGCCUUACCGCAGCCCUAGAGAUGUCGCCGAGAAAAAAUUCAAUAAGAGACAUGCUAGUGCGCGUAACGUCAUUGAAAGGUGCUUUGGGGUCCUAAAAAACAGAUUCCGAUGUAUCAUCGGAUCUCGGGGCCUUCAUUAUGACGCUGCAAAGGUAGUGCAAAUUAUAAAUGCAUGUUGUGCGCUGCACAACAUGUGCAUACACUACCGAUCUGAAGAGCCGCCAGGUGAUGUUAUUGAUGAUGAUCUGGAAGACGAAGUGGAUGACAAUAAUGAUCUUGAAAGCAGAGCUGACGCAAUAAGGAGAAAAAUUGCAAUAAAUUUGUAA